CUUAUGAGUCCCAACUCUCAUUGUUUUCCUACAGGUCAAACUCUGCUGACAGUCCAACAAGACAUUAAGGCUAAACUGAAACACAAGUAUCAACACAUAUCUGAAGGAAUUGGACACCAUGGAAACCAAAGUCUGUUCAAAGACAUCUACACAGAGCUCUACAUCACAGAGGGUGGAAGUGGAGGGCUCAAUAAUGAACAUGAGGUUAGACAGAUAGAGAUGGCAUCCAAGAAACAAACCACACAAGAGACACCAAUCAAAUGCAACGACAUCUUCAAGCCUUUACCUGGACAAGACAAACCAAUCAGAACUGUGCUGACAAAAGGAAUCGCUGGCAUUGGAAAAACAGUCUCUGUGCAGAAGGUCAUCCUUGACUGGGCAGAGGGAAAGGCAAAUCAGGACGUUCAUUUCAUGUUUCCUCUUCCUUUCCGUGAUCUGAACCUGAAAAAGGACCAAUACAGUCUGAUGCAACUUCUUUCCCACUACUUCCCAGAGCUGAAAGAGAUUGACAGCAUUGAAGAUGGUGAAACCAAAACUGUUUUCAUUUUUGAUGGUCUGGACGAGUGUCGACUUCCUCUAGACUUCAAAAACAAUGAGAAGUGCUGUGAUGUCACGAAGCCAACCUCAGUGGACGUGCUGCUGACAAACCUCAUCGAGAGGAAUCUGCUUCCCUGUGCUCUCCUCUGGAUAACCUCACGGCCGGCAGCAGCCAAUCAGAUCCCUACUGAGUGUGUUGACCAGGUGACAGAGGUGCGAGGGUUCAAUGAUCCACAGAAGGAGGAGUAUUUCAGGAAGAAAAUCACAGAUCAGAAUCUGGCCAAUGAAAUCAUCAAGCACAUGAAGACAUCAAGGAGCCUCUACAUCAUGUGCCACAUGCCAGUCUUCUGUUGGAUAUCAGCCACUGUCCUUGAGAUGAUACUGAACGAGGCAGAGAAGGAUGAAGUCCCCAAAACUCUGACCCAGAUGUACUCACACUUCAUUCUCAUCCAAAUCAUUGUGAAGAACAGGAAGUACAACAAAGCCACAGAGACAAACCCAAAGGAACUGUCUCAGUCAGACAAAGAGAUGAUCCUGAAACUGGCAAAACUGUCUUUCCAACAGCUGCAGAAUGGCAACCUGAUCUUCUAUGAGGAGGACCUGAGAGAUUGUGGUCUUGAUGUCACAGAGGCAUCAGAGUACUCAGCAUUGUGUACAGAGAUCUUUAAAGAAGAAUCUUUGCUGUACCAAGACAAGGUCUACAGCUUUGUGCAUCUGAGCAUUCAGGAGUUUCUAGCAGCAGUGCAUGCUUUAGAAUCAUGUCUAGACAAGAAGGAAAAUGUUUUCUCCCCCACUAGUGAUGAUGAAGAGAAGGAGUCAACCCAGUUGUCUGACUUACACAGGAGAGCAGUGGACCAGGCCUUGAAGAGUGAGAAUGGACACCUGGACCUGUUCCUCCGCUUCCUUCUGGGUCUCUCACUGGAGUCCAAUCAGAACCUGUUACGAGGCCUUCUGACACAGACAGGAGGUACAACACAGACCAAUGAGGAAACAGUUGAGAGAACAGUCAGGUACCUUUCAUACAACAUCAAGGAGGAAUCCUCACCAGAAAGGAUCAUCAACUUGUUCCACUGUCUGAAUGAACUUGGUUCCAACUCUCUAGUUGAAGACAUGCAGACCUCCCUGCGAUCAGGAACUCUUUCAGAAACAAGACUAGAACCUGACCAAUGUUCAGCCCUGGCCUACCUGUUACUGAUGUCAGAGGAGGUGCUGGAGGAGCUUGACCUGAAGACAUACAACACAACAAAGGAUGGUUAUCAGAGGUUGCUGCCGGUAGUGAAAACCUGCAAGAGAGCACUACUGGUUGACUGUGAACUCACAUAUAAAUCCUGUGAGACUCUGGCCUCAGCUCUGCAGACACCAAACUCCCCCCUGAGAGAACUGGACCUCAGCUACAAUGACCUGGAAGACAGAGGAGUGAAGCUGCUCUGUGUUGGACUAACCAGUUCACUCUGCAGCAUACAGAUACUAGUACUGGCUGAAUGCGAACUCACAUAUGAAUCCUGUGAGACUCUGACCUCAGCUCUGCAGACACCAAACUCCCCCCUGAGAGAACUGGACCUCAGCUACAAUGACCUGGAAGACAGAGGAGUGGAGCUGCUCUGUGUUGGACUAACCAGUCCACUCUGCAACAUACAGACACUAGUUCUAGGUCAGUGUGGUCUGACAGAGGGUUGCUGUUCAGAUCUGGCCUCAGUCCUGAGUUCACCCAACUCACAACUGAAACAGCUGGAGCUGAGAGACAAUGACCUGCAGGACUCAGGAGUUACACUGCUGUCUGCUGGACUGGAGGAUCCAGACUGUAAACUACACACACUGGGGCUGUCUUGCUGUCUGGUCACGGAGGAGGGCUGUGCUGCUCUGUCUUCAGCUCUGAGGUCAAACCCCUCCCACCUGAAAGAGCUGGACCUGAGCUACAAUCACCCAGGAGACUCUGCAGGGGGCCUGCUUUCAGCUGCUCUGAUGGAUCCCACAUAUAAACUGAUGAAGCUGAAUGUGGAUCAUGGUGGAGAGUGCAGGUUGAAAUCAGGGCCGAGGAAAUAUGCCUGUCAUCUCACCCUGGACCCAGAUACAGCACACCGAAACCUGAUACUGUCUGAAGGGAACAGGAAGGUGACAUUGGUUGAAGAGAAGCAGCAUUAUGAAGACCAUCCAGAAAGAUUUGAUUGUCGUCCCGAAGUUCAAUACCCUUCAAUACCCUUUAAUUGUCGUUACCAAGUUCUCUGCAGAGAAGGCUUAUCUGGAGGUCAUUAUUACUGGGAGGUGGAGAUGAAUGGUGACAAGGCUGUCAUUGGUGUGGCGUCCAAAGGAAUGAAGAAGAAGGAAUGGUCCUGCUGGUUAUUCUGCUCUAAUGAUAUAUAUAUCUUUAGACAUAGUGGAUGCAACAUCAUCUGCAGAUCCAUCUCUGAUCCAGAUACUUUUCCUGUUUCUAAGAGAGUUGGAGUGUAUCUGGACUGGCCAGCUGGUACUUUGUCCUUCUAUAGUGUGUCCUCCUCUGGUACACUGACACACCUUCACACAGAACACGCCAGAUUCACUGAACCCCUCUAUCCUGUAUUUGGUAUUUACUCCUCCUCCUCAGUGACCCUGUGUCAGAUAGAUGACCAACACAUUCAGAGAGACCAUGGUAGAGAGAGUUGGAUCAAGUCUGGACCUGAGGACACCAGAGACCAUGGUGGAGAGAGUUGGAUCAAGUCUGAACCUGAGGACACCAGAGACCAUGGUGGAGAGAGUUGUAUCGAGCCUGAACCUGAGAACACCAGAGACCACGGUGGAGAGAGUUGUAUCAAGCCUGGACCUGAGGACACCAGAGACCAUGGUGGAGAGUGUUGUAUCAAGCCUAGACCUGAGGACACCAGAGACCAUGGUGGAGAGAGUUGGAUCAAGCCUGGACCUGAGGACACCAGAGACCAUGGUGGAGAGAGUUGGAUCAAGCCUGGACCUGAGGACACCAGUGACCAUGGUGGAGAGUGUUGUAUCAAGCCUGGACCUGAGAAAUGGAUUCCUCAGACCUGUAAGACUUGUGACCAUGUUGAGGACUCCACACACUGGCUUCAGAUUGAACCCUUGACUUCCACUGUCCAGGGAGUGACAAUGUUCAGACACAGGACACCCAAAGGGAGUUAUGAGUGCACAGUGUCUGGGCUCCGCUGGCUGUGUGAGAGAGAUGUCAUUCUGAAGUAUCACUUCAGGAACUGGGAACCCUACAGUCAACUUCUGAAAGACAUGCAGUACACACAAGGUGGUCCAUUGCUGGACAUCACUAUGGAGUUAGGUGAACUGGAGGAAGUUCAUCUGCCACACUUUGUCUGUUUAGGGACCAACCCUUCCCUGAGGAAUGAGAUGAAGAUUCUUCAUGUAGAGGAACAUGGAGUGUCUUUAGAGGAAGUGCAUGAGGUCACCAGAUUCCAUGUUAAGAUUCUCCAUCCCAAGUUCUCACCUAUCGCUCUGAUACUGAGAUUACUGUCUUGGAACUUAGAUGUCCACUGUGACGUGGUCCUCUAUAUGGCAGUAAAAAAGUCAACAGUCAUUUCAAGGCUGUACCUGCUCCUCAGAAACUCCAGUCAGAAAGAGGCUGUUCAGGAACGGGAGAAAAAUCAGGUGUCCAAAGGAUUUUCAGAAUUCGUCCUGUCAAGUCCAAACGGGUCCUUAAAGCUAAACAGUUGGUUUGCGUUCAAGAAUCCCCUCUCCACUUCCAUCAAUCCAAAGGUGCAGUUUUAUCAGGCUGAGGACAUGAAUCUGUCAUAUUGUAUAUGAAUAACUGGAAUGUCAUUCUAUUUCACUAUUUCUCUCUCUCUCUCUCUGUCUCUCUCUGUUGUCUCAAUCGUUGCACCAUAUGGCCUCCUACAGAAGAUUCAGCUGUUACCUGCAGACACCACACCAAGCUGUUGUCAGAUGAUAAUGGGAAACACAGGGGUGGACAUUGAGAUGGAGUUAAUCGGGGAUGAUGAGAGGACAGUAUGGAAAUCAGUGUUAUCAAAAGAUGUGUACAGCAACGACUCUCAUCCAACAUCAUUAACACUCCUUGGGAUUCCUGCUGAGGAGUUUCUGAAGAAACACAGGGCUGAACUCAUUCAGGGAGUCAAAAACACAAAUCCAAUAGCAGAUGUUCUGCAGUCAAAAUACAUGAUUGGUGAUGAAGAGUACUCCAGAAUAAAAGCUGAAACAACUGAACAGGAGCGAAUGAGAGAACUACUGAACGCAGUCCUCCCUAAAGGACCAGAAGUGAUGGGAGCUUGUCUCAAAGCUCUUAGUGAACAUGAACACCAUCUUGUUAAGUACUUGAGU